AUGCCGUCCUUCAAGUCUUGCCUUGCAUCCCUCGCCCUCCUCGCCCUCGCUAUCGCACCGGUGAGCGCGGCGGCCACUCCUGUUGAAGGUCUCGCUGUCCGUAACGUCAACGCCGGCUCGGUCGGCGCGGGAGCAGCGGUCUCUCGCCGCAACGCCGCCAAGCGUGCUCUCGAGCAGCGCGCCACCAAGGCGCAACUCGCCCGCGCCAAGCUCGCAGCGAAGAAGAAGGCUGCCGCCGCCGCGAAGGCAGCUGCCGCCGCCAAGGCCGCCGCCGCGAACGGACGCCAAACUGCCGGCCAGCGCCAGACCGCGGGCUCGUCGCCCGCGGGCUCGUCUUCGUCGACUGCACAGCAAGCCGCUUCUGCUGGUGGUGCGGUGGCCGCAGCCGACGUCGGCGGUUCGACAUCUUCGACGUCCUCGACGUCCUCGACGUCUUCAUCCUCGUCCUCGUCCUCGUCCUCAUCUUCGUCCGACCCUUACUCGCCCUCGUCGGCAUUCAUGAACACGAAGGCUGCCCUUGCCGCCAGCCGGCUUCGUUGCGGUUCUGACGGCGUCUGCGCAUCGAGGGGUCCUGCGGUUCCCGCCAAUGCCGCGGCAAGGUGCAUCUCCGGCAAGUGCACUUUCCGCUGCAACAGCGGGUUCGCGCCAGGCGGUGCCGACGGCACUCAGUGCGUUGCGACCGAGUCGUCGUGCGGUGGCGUCCAGUGCACCGUGCCCGCCAACGGCUACUCGACCUGCUCCGGCGGCGCGUGUGUCGUCGGCUGCAACCAGGGCUAUACUCGGUACUCGGCGAACGCCGACGGGACGGGCGCCAUUGCCUGCUUCGACCUCCAGAACGACGCCAGCAACUGCGGCUCGCAGGGUAACGCGUGCCCGGCUUCUUAUAACGGCAAGGGUACCGCCGUCUGCAAGAACGGAACUUGCCGCGUCGCUUGCGACCCUGGCUACGUUCUCCGCAAGGCCCAGUCGAGCACCAACCCCUACUACUGCUACAACGGCGAGGGGUCGCUUGUCCACAACUGA